AUGACUGCGGACAUUUUCGAAGAAUGGUUCCACAAUUCCUUUGUACCAGAGGUUACCACAUUCCUAAUGCACGAGGGUCUACCAGUCAAAGCUGUUUUGAUCUUAGAUAAUGCACCGUGCCAUCUAAAACAAAAGUUAUUAAAAACAGAAUGUGGUUCAAUUUUCGUUUUAUAUAUGCCACCAAAUGUAACACCCCUUCUCCAGCCGAUGGACCAGAAUUUAAUAAGGUUAACCAAGUUGCACUAUAGAACAAAUUUAUUAAAAGCAGCUAUUGGUAAAGACGAAAUAGCCGACUUUUUAAAAAAAAUUACUUUGAAAGAUGCCAUUUGCCUUUUGACCCAAGCAUGGCAAAAAGUCGAUGCCGACGUUAUUAAAAAAUGUUGGUGUCCAUUACUUGACUAUAAACAUCCGAUAAACAAUGACGAGUGUAUCGAGGAUGAUGUGCCCCUCAGUGUUUUAAGACGGCAGAUAGUUGCACAACAACAUUCCGAAUUUGAAGAAUUACUCAAUUUAACUGAAACUGCAUUUCCACAGUCAAACCUAAGUGUCAACGAACUAAGAAUAUGGACAGGAAUAGAUGACGAUUGCGCUAAUGGUACUGAAGGCGUUAUCGAUGAUGUUAAUCAACCUGUUGAGGCAUCUGAUGAGGAUGAGGAUGAGCAUGACGAAAUAAACGGCGACAAGUGCUGGCAAAAAUCCUCCACUGAACCCGCCCAGAGGGUGCCGGCUGGUAAUAGGUACCACAGUAGUCCUGAAAUAGGAGGUACCUAG